AUUCUGUAUAGGAACGCGAGCCAAAGUGUCUGGACACUUCAUCUAGUUUGCGAAAGGAUUGGUUCAAAAUGAUCCUCUAGCGUGGCACUCGUUUCUGACCACAGCCUCGCCCAAGCAGCUAACAGUGUACCUUACACUGUUUCGUCGAGUGUAUUGAGUACCAUCCAACUCGGCGCCCCAGGUUUGACGUAUACUGGCGGCACUUUGCAUUGAUAGGCAGAUUUUAGGCGGAUUGGUGUUGGAUGUCUUGCGCAGCGCUCUGCAUUCCUCACACACCACCUUUUUCGUUGGCGCUGUAUGUAGAGACGCAACGCUGUCUCCUUGGAAACAAAGACACACAAAGCCUUUCUAUUCGCCUCGCUACCGGUGGCGCACCCUAUUUCGGAAUAAGAUGACUCCUUCGUGCACUUGGAUGCCUUUUCCGUUGCCUACGACGCGCGCGCCUCACUUGAGGAGCCAUUUGGCCCUCCCUUGCGCCAGCGCAUCGACCUCAGCUGGUAUGGUGCUGUUGUUCUGCCCUGCAGCCAGUGAAGGUAAAAUGAGCGCCUUUAUUGCUACGUGUACCGCAGCGUGUGCCUGGGCAAGACGAACGACUACCAUGACACGUUUCUGCUUUGCAUCUUGAUUUUUGCCACCAGAAGCAGAUGAAUUAGCCUUCUGACCGUUUCAAGGCCUGCAUUGGCAUCCGAAGCUCAACAGACAUCAUAGCGUUCUGACUGUUCCCGUAGCAGGGCUGUUUCCCGGAGUCCAACCCCGAUUCCCCCCUGGGCGUCUGACACCUACCUGUAAGAAGAUCAAAGCAUCUUUUUUAGUUUUUUGUUGCGCCGUGCUGCGUAUUUUGGAACCUCGGUAGCGUCAGCCUCAUCAUCCUAGCGGUGCCUUUUUGCAGAGCUCUGGCAUCUUGACGGUUGAGAGGGGCGACUUAGCGCCCCUGCGAGUGAAAUUAGUGGCCGGCUGGUCUCCCAGAGUUGUGCGCAGCAGCAUUCUCGUUAGCAGCACCUGGCAGCACCUGGCGGCACCUGGCAACUAACAGCGGGCACCUGGCGCCAGCAACAAGUGCCAGCACUGCACAGUGCGCUCGCAGUGCGCCGGCAGUGCCAGCAAAGUACAGCACACACCCUCUAUGCCACCCCCCCUCCCCACUCUACACUUUUGUAUUCCUUUCCUGCCUGACGACCGCCCUUUUUUCUUCUCCGUCAUCAAGUGCAACUCGUUUGCUUCCUUUUCACAACCACAACCCAACGCCUUCGAUAUUUCGAUUUCACUGCGCUUAUCCCGUAUAUUUACAUCAGCAUCAACGCAGCCCGCCUACAUUUUGCUCGAUUUACUACAGAGAAUAGCUUGAGUCGUGACCUGACGUGGUGCCAUUGUGGCCCAGCUCAGCCCUUUGUUCCCAACGCAACGACCACUGCCGACUCGCCCAAAAAAUAAUUUGCCCAGCUACCCAAUACAAGGGGUGACCUACUCGACUCGACGGCGCUUUUGCGCGCAUUAAGACGCCGCUCCUUUUGAUUCAGUGUAUUUAAAAUUCAUUGCGGCUUUUUACAACAUUCACUAGAAUCCGGUUUUAACCACCACGCUACUCAUGGAAGCCUCUAAGGAUGCCUCCAAGGUCGCCUACUGUGAGGAUGUCAACCCCGAUACCGACAAGUCCAUUGCAGGCACUCGCCAGUACGCAAGAACAGACGAAGGCCAAAGCUCCACAGACUCGUGCGCCCCAAACUCUCCCGUCGACAUCGCUUCACCUCUAGAGGGCCGUUCUGGGGCCUCGUCUACCCAAGAUGACUACUCCGACUCAACUCGAUCGUCACGAGAGAGCCUGCCCAAGAAAAGCUCGUCCUCCAAGUCCAAGUCGAAAUCUAAGGCAGAGCCGAAACCAACGUCAAGGCGUACACGUGAAGCAGAGCCUGCUGAACGGCCGCGUGGAGAGCGCAGAAGCUCUCGCCCGGAAGCUUCACACAAGCGAAGCGCACCACCACCAGCCAACGCUAAGAUGCGGAGGCCAACGGUUGGGCAUGCGAGCACAUACCCAGCGCCGCCAUCGUCAAGUCGGCGUAUUAGCACCGAAGAUGCCAGCGGCUAUCCACCGAAAUCACAUUCAUCGUCUAAUGUGGCAGAGCCACAGCGACCGAGACCGAAGCCGCGGCCACUGAGCUAUUCUGGUGCCCCGCCACCUACUGCGAACAUGGGUGCGGCCUGGGCUGGUCCAGGGUAUCCCGCACCCCAAAUGGGAUACCCAGCAGGUAGCAGGGGCCAUCAUCUCAUGCCUGUUGGCUAUCCUGGCGGUGGAGAGAUAUCACCCCAAUCCCCGAUCGGCCCUCCUCCUCCCUUUGCAGAUAUGCCGAUGUCCUCCCAUGAUCAUCUCAGGCAGCGAUUUGUUAGUAGCAGACCGCCAUCGUCAAGCAGCCAUCGAGACCCAGGAAUGAUGUACCCACAAGAUGAGUACAUUGAUCCACCACGAUCAAGACGGCCAUCUCGCACGAGGCAGGACGACGACCGUAUGCGAAUGCCGCCACCAGUAACCAUCCCGCAUCGCACCAGCGUUCCGCACCGAGCCAUGUCGGCCGUGCCACAAUCCUCGGGCAUGUUCCGACCGCCUUCCGCCGCAGGACCCCGUCCUCAAAUCCGACAGAACCCGUCGCGGGCACCGGCUAGCCGCAGGUAUUCUCAGGAAGGAGAGCCAGACUAUGAAUACGGCCUGUAUCCCGAAUAUGCCGACAUGCCACCCCAAGAGCCUCAUUAUGCAACGCAGGGCCGACGCAACUCUGGUUAUUAUGAGCAAGCAGAUAUGAUACCUGCUGGUCACCGGAACCGACGAUCAUCAGGCUAUAAUGGCGGCCCGAUUUACGGCCAGCGACGAGCCCCCGAUCCGAUGGAUUUGCUCAGCGCUGACAUACACGAGAAUCUCAAACUCAGCUCGGCUCAGCAAUACCAGGAGCGCGUUGGGGGUAUGCAGCACGGCGGCCCAACACCAUUGACAAUGGCUGCACUAAAUGAGAACACCCGAAGAGGCGUUGCCAGCAGCCGUUCGACAAGAAGUAGUGGUAGCCGUGACGAUAGCGAGCAGCGCCAUAGCCUCUCUACUGCCGUCACCUCGUCCGCAGGAGGCGCAACCGAAGCGACGGUCACCCUGACGGUUAACAAGUCUGUCAAUAUUGAGUUUACUCCUAAUGGACAAAUCAGAAUGACGACAGAAAACCACGACCCGCGGUUGGGCAUGGACAGAAUGUUGGAGGACCGAGGCCGUGGAGACACACGCAGUCACGGCCGUCCGCGUCAGCAAAGCUUGCAAAGCCGAUAUCCACCACAGGGAUAUCAUCAGUACGAUGACCGAUACAUGGGCCAGACAUACCGUGCUUGAUGCACUGGAUGAUGCUUUUUCUUCUUUUUGCCACGAAAACAGAUUGCUCCACAGAGCGUGUAACGAUGUUAUGAGAUUGAGCAUGAUUCUUCUUUUCUCUUUGUUUGGUUGGGGCAAGCGUGCAUUUCUUUUUUCUUUCGAUCUAUCCAGAUCUUUCUUAUCUUUCUCUUCUUUUUGGUUAACCUGCGCUAUGCAAGAGCGUUCGUUUUCACUGUUUUUCAUGUUGAGUCAGCAGAAGCUGUCGACCUAAUUUGUUACUGUUGUCUGGUUGUACGAUCCGAUGUUUUGACAAAAAAGAUUUUGUUUUCCAAUGAUAUACGGGUCAAUUACAGCACCUAUUUUUUUUUGAGUCUGUCAGCAGGCUGCAGACGGUUCUGCUUGAUUUUAUAGCCGCGAUAUGGGCUGUAAGGAAUAGAUUUCAUUUCCAAGGAAGUUGUACACGAGGUUCGCACCUCUUUGUGUCAUCUCUGGCCACUUAGUAGGCCUUGGGGGGUUUGGGCGGGUAUAUUGGGGAACAACCAAAAAAUUGGGCGCCCUUGAACUUCCUAUGUUAGCAUUAUAUAAUGUUGAAAUGAAAUAACGGGCUCAGAUUGAACUGCCACUAUGAUGAUCUCUUCUUUUUAUACUAGUGACGUAGUUUGUCGUGAAUGUUGGUCUACGGCUGUUUGGAGGUGAUCACCGUCAAAAACGGUGACAUGGUAAAACGGUGGUUGCCCGGCCAGCGACUAUUUACUGUCGCCUUACAUCAUGGGUGACAGCCACCAUUGAACAGCCAGCUGCUGGUAUUAAGUAAAAGGUGAAUAAAUGAGAAAAAAAAGAGAAGGAUAAUAAUAUUUUCAAUGAAAUAAUUAAAAUAAUUCAUGGUUCAUAUUUUUCCUAUACAUGAUCGUAGGUGUCAAGCAAUCGUGAGGCAAAAC